AUAGUAGUCCUCUCUCAAGAGAAGAGUUAACAGUUAAGAAUAUAGGAAUAGGCAUUGCAGCAAAAAAAUUCCAGUGUGAAUGGAAUGAAUAUAUUAUCUCAGUUCAGUAUCAUUGGGGAUCUCUUGGUGUUUCGACUUCGUCUUAUCUCUGUGAAAUGAUUUCUUUUAGCUUAAGUACAGUGUUAUUUAGUGUCUUAGUUUGCUGUAUAAUCCGUGUUCGAUGUGAAUUAUCUGUCGAAGAAGUUAAAGGAAGUCCAAGUGCAGGCCAACCACUUUCUAGUUCCUGUCGCACUAGGUUAAAUGGCAGUACCACCAGUCCCGAUAUCCAACUCCCAUUUGUGGAUAUGGUGAUGCAGCAUGAUUUGCCGAUCUUUCUACUCCGCGAGCCGGAACAGGAUUUGCUAUUGUUGCUUAAUGGACCAGAAAUCCAUAAAUUGCACGUGGCCACCGGGGAGAGACGUUUAGUGCCCCUUGGACAAUUAUCGGGUCAAAUUAUGAGUCGCAUUGCUCUCGGAGCAGAGAUUGUGGCCUGGCGGGAGUUCCUACUUUUAGCCAUCGUUCUGGAAGAUUCCCUGGAGGUUUACCAACUGCCCAAGGAACUGUUACUAUCUGAAGAUCCCGCCCAUCAACUAAGCUUCGAGCCCCUGCAGGAGUUUUCGGUGCCCGGAGGAUUCCUGCAGCUUCAUCUUCUAAAAUCCAAUGCCGAUCAGGUGCUCCUGCUGGUGGCCUCCAAUCAUACCAGCUCACAUAGCAAGUGCAGAACAUUUGAGUGGCUGGAUACUUAUUUUAAUCCCCUCGAGGAGAUUACCUUACCCGCCAUUCGCGUUCUCCAAGUGGUGGGCCACCAGCCACUGUAUAUAAUUUUCGGACGAUCUUUAAAAGGCUCCCAGUCAAAGCUGGUGCUCACUGUCUAUGAGCUGGAUAGGAACACACAUACCCUGCAACAGCGCCAGGCUUUAACUGUCCAGGCCAAAAGUAUCCAGGCUGCAAGAUUUCGUGGCCGGAACUGCAUCAUUGCCUGUUCUUCUUCACCAUCCACUUCCUGUAUUUUCUUUCGAAUGGUGGAUGGGCAAUUUGUAGUUUAUCGAAAGCAUGCUCGACGGGAUUUGAGUUUCCAUCGGUUGAGUGCCACCAAAAAUGGUCAGCUCCUGAUCGGAGCCCGUAGCAAUGGCGAGGUGAUCGUCUUUAGUUCAGCUCGUCUGGAUUGCUAUAGUGGAUAUCAGAUGACUGAAGAAUCGCCACCGAGUGGCUUACUUACCCAUAGAAAUGCUCGAAACGAAAGUUUUUUGCUGCUGGCCUAUAAAAGAUCGUCGAGCGAUCUAAUCCGAACUGUCCAGCUGGGAGGUGUGGAGGAAACCUCCAACCAAGUGGGCUCUGUUCCAGAUGAAGAUCUUAGUGUGGUUCAGUUACAUCGUCAUGAAUUCGAGGAGUCCAUCAACUCCUUGCGUAGUCUUUUGCUACGUCGUCGCUCCUUAUUUAUAAAGCUGAAAAAUGUUAUUGACUCCUUGAAGAAAAGUUCUGGCAUUCACAUGGAGGAACCAUUGCAUCUCAUGGAAAAUGGACGUAUCGAUCGGCUUCAGUUGGUGGACGAUGAGCUGCGUACUCCCACUCAACUAAAGCGGCGCCUGGAUGAACUAAGUCAGCGAAUUGGAGCAGCCCGAACCAAAAGAACCCCAGGGUCUUUUGGGACAGGAAAUGGAAAUGAUGCGCCGGAGAAACUCAAAGUGCGACGAUUACGAGUGGGUAACCUUAUCUACCAGGGACAGUUAAUGCCAGGGCACAUUUUCGAUAACUCAGAACCUCCUUUAUUGACCAUUCCUAGUGUGAGAACCAAAACACUGAACACAAAGGAACUACUUACACCUCAGGAUUUUCACAACUCCAGUGAAUCCCCGAUUCCUACAGUAAAACUUAAUGAUAGUGAAUGCCUGGUAAAUCAUCUACAAGUGGAGCGGAUCAAUGGAGUAUCUUGGGAGGAGUUUGUGGACUCACUCUUUCUGCGCAAUCGUGACACACAGUUAACGGGAAGAGUUGUCAUGCAGUCCAGAGCCCGAGUGGACAAAGUACAGACGCCACUGCUCAACGGUCUUGUGGUGGAUCGUCUCUUUAACCUGCGACGUGCCCAGGUGAUCAGCUCUAAUAUCUACAUGUCGGCAUUUUUCGUUCCACGUCUGGAUGCUCAGCUGGUGAAUGGCUUGGACUUUGCCAAUGAUAUUGUCCAAAGUGGAGGCAAUGAUACUUGGGUUAAGACUCCUGUCCGCAUCAAUCAAAUGAGUGUUUCGGGUGACAUUCAGGUGGAUAAUCAAAGCAAAUGGCAGAAACAAUUCAGACAGGAUGAGGAACCUGAGGAGCAAGGUCUUCAGCAGUACUACACGGGCAGGGUCACUAUCACGGGUUCCCUGACGGUCAGAAAUCUAAAACGGGAUACCGGAAAAUCACGUAUAGUUCUGGGAAACCAAUCUCUAGCCAGAAUUGAUCUCCACUCUAAAUACCUUCUGAAUCAGACGGAUCAGAACCUUUCUAAUUUAACCUUCGGACAUGCCAAAGUCAGUACUCCCUCACUGACCACUAGUUACAUUGAAGGACAUCCUGUAAAGGAACACCUUCUCAGCGGAGGGCAGCAAAACAAUCUCGCCUAUCCAAAUCGACCUUUACACAUCAUUUUCAUGAAUGCCACCGUACAAGGAGACAUUAUCUGCAGGGAUUACAGAUCACGUUUGGCGGAGAUUGCAAUGGAUGCAGUGCGGCAUGGACAGGAGGCCAAUAUUACGGGUCACAAAAGCUUCCUGGCACCAGUUACCGUGCAAGCCCUUCAAACCAAUCAAAUAAAUGGAGUACCAGUAACCGAACUAGUGACAACAUCAAACAUUACCGACAACUUUAAUGGGACAAAGAGCUUUGCCCGUGUGGUGGUGACGGGUGACCUAAAGGUUCAUGAUCACUUCAAUGUGAGUCGUCUCAAUGGAUUGCCACUGCAGCAGCUUCUUGGACAUGAUGUUAGUCUGCAGCGCCUCGAGCUGACUGAAACUGUACAUCUGGAGAAUCUUAAGUUCAAGCGACUUAACGGAUUGCCUUUCGAUGAACUGCUGUCCCAGAUCUCAGACGAAAAUGGAGACCAACUACUACUCCACAAGCAACUCCUUAUCGAGGGAAAUGUAGGAUUCGAAAAGAAUCUUCAAGUGCAGACCAUUAAUGGAAUCCAAUGGGACGAAUACAAAAGCCGCCUGGUGAGACCCGAUGUCAAUGCGGAGAUUGGAGGUAGAAAGACCUUCAUGGCGGAUGUUCAAGUGAACGAUGCUCUUCAUACUCCUCACAUAAAUAAUCUGGAUCUUAGUUCCCUGCUGGAUAACACCUUGCUGCGAAUGACGCCGCAGCAGAUCAGUGGUGUCUACCAUUUUGACCGGAUGACUGCCACCAAUGUGGAUGUGGAUCGUAUAAAUGGGGUACCAAAAGAAGAGUUUUUAGAUUCUCGAAAAGAUUUGGAACUGACAGGAGAUAUCUACCUGAAUCAGCUUAACAUCAAUGGCAGCAUAACGUGUCCUUUUGCCAAAGAGCCACAAUUCGCCGAUCUUAAGCAACGAGUAGAGCAAGUGAAGCAACUUCCUUGGCAGAAUUUAAUAGUCACCGGAGAUGCUCUGUGGGAUGGUGAGGAUCACUCUCAACGACAGCUUGAUUACCUGCGCCAGCAUGCUGUAAGGAGAGAAGGAAAUCAAAGCAUUACUGGUCAUGUGGUCCUGAAAGAACCCUACUUGAAGAAUCUCCAAAGCAAAGAGCCUCUGCCUAUCGGACUCAACUUCACCUAUUUAGCCAAAGAUGCGUUACUCCGGCGAAGUCCCACUAAUGAAACCCAGGUGAUUACCGCUCCCCAAGAGCUAUUGGGAUCAGUUAAGGCUAAAACUGUUAAUCUGGAAAAAGAUGCACACUUUGGCUUGGUGAAUGGAAUCGAUAUAGCACGACUCAAUGCCUCACUAUACCGCCGCUCUAGUGGAGAACCCAUUGCAGCAGAUCUUCAUUUUGUCCAGGCACCCAAGAUAGGCAAACUUCAUCUGGAGGAUCCAGAAGUGAAUGGAGCUCCGAUUGAGAAUAUUUUCCAGCAUGGCACAGGGCAACCAUGGCCAACCGUAAAGUUCAAUCAACUGCUUGUCGAAGAAGAUCUGCAGCUGGGAACCGUUAACGGAAUGAGCCUGGACUACUUCCUCCAGAACCGUAUACCCCUGCAGGGACCCGCAUUGGAGGUGUUCGGGUCUCUGACCUUUGAAAAUCUUCAUUUGGGUGGCCAAUCUCGUCUUCGUUCCAUUAAUGGCAUUCCGUUGGAGAACGUAGUUUUCCGUCAUAGCAAUCAGGCCCAAAGCUUGACGGGCGCAAAGACUUUCCAUGGCGGCGUGCAGUUCACUGGACCCGGACAUGUGAUGAACCUUAAUGGCCAAGACCUCAGCGAGAGUUAUAGGGGCAGCAUCUUCCGGAACAAUGACUACAAUAUCGAUAGUCUGGUUCUAGACAAGGCUGUUUUUCCAGGAGGUCUCGUUAAGGCGGGCAGUCAGAGCCAAGUACCCAUUAGAAUGCGAACUAUGGAAAGCCAAGAUAAUCUCUCAGAGGAAGUACAAGGCUUGGUUAAACUAAGUAAUCAAAGCAUCCAUAGAAGACUGAUUUAUCUGGAUCAUGAACCCGAAACCCUGGAAUCUUCUUGGGUGAAACCUCCUUUAAAGGGAUCUCCAGAGCGCCAGGUGAGCCUAUCCUUGGGAGAUUCUGCGCCCUGUGAGCGUCGUAGUAUCCAGGCCCAACUUCUGAUCCCUGAAAGGCGUGUGCUUCUGGCCAAUGUGAGUGUUACCAAUCAGCUAAUGAGACUCAAUUCCGGCCAUGUCAGGGUUAAAGUGCAGAACCACUGCCAUCGUCCAGUCAGGAGAUUGCGCAGCAGGAUCAGCAUAAGUUGCCGCAAUGAAUCACAUGUGCUUGGGAUGAGUGAUCCAGUGGAGGCCAUGGAACUGAUAGAAAUGGAUGAGAUGGUGCUACUGCUCUUGGGCACCGAAGAGGAAGUUCGUGUCUUGCGACUGAUGCGAAAGAACUGCAGUCUUACCGAUUGGCAAUCCUUGCUGCCAGCAGAUGGACGCCUUAUGAAGUUGAUUCGAAUGGAAAGAGGAUCCCAAGAGGAUCUUCUUUUCACCAGUGGAAUGAACAAACAUCUUCCAGCCCUAGCAGUCCAUUCAAGGGAUACUUCAAGCCAUAACUUCAAAUUGCUCCAGUUGAUCCAGGGUUCUUAUGAUCUGGCUGAGAUGCAAGAAAACCAACUACUAGUCAGCUGUCUGGGUUGCCGGCAUAUAGCAAUCUUCAAUCGAAACUCCUCAUCCCACUUUGAGCCCAUCCAGAAGUUAAGUUUCCAGGAGCGCAUUCAACAGCUAACCCCGUUUAAAGUUGGAGAAGAACAGCUUCUUCUGGUGAUAACACAACCAGGGGAACUGCCCUUUUAUCUAUUCAGCUAUCAACAAUUGGCUGGUUGGCAGCAACGGACAUUCGGCUUAAAGAAACAACAGCAAUGGGCGUGGUCUUUGAUAAAAUCUGGUCAGCAAGUAGAAUCACAAGAGACUCCAAUCUUGCUGCUUUGUGGACAGGAAAGCGAAUGCAGCCUGGUAAAAGCUCAGCUUGGCUAAAAACUGUCAACAAUGUAUGUAUAUUUAUUGUAAAUAAUUUUGUUAAUUCUAUGUAUAUUGUAUUAUUACUUCUGUAGUGGAAAGCAUCUUUGGAAGACAAUAUAAGUAUCUUAAUAACUAAA